CACCUGAGCAUGCUAAUCAGUGCCUUCAGGAUCUAAGAAAAUCCCAGGUCAACUCUUGCUACAGCAGAGCGCCGGCUUUUGCCACAUCCGCUGCGCACGCGCGGUAUCGUAGCAACAGCGAUAAACAGCAGAGAUGUCGUCGCCGCGGGAACGAGAGGCAGCGGAAUACCUGAAGAAACACAAAAUCAUCGAGCUCAUGGAUGCUUUAACUAGCAUGCUCUUCUUCCACAGACCAGAACAUCCUAGAGAAUUUCUGAUCGACCAACUCGAAAAGCUGAAAGUUUCCAAAGUUCAUUCAGGAAAGCCUCCGUGUCUCUUUAAUGAAUCCAACUUAGACGCGCUGUUCGGAGUCCUGGAUCCGUCCCGUCAAAGCUUUAUCACUUAUAGUCAAUACACAGAAGCACUGAAGACACUUGGCAUCAAGAAUUUCAAUGAGUUCCCAGAAGGAGCCAGUGAUGACAGAAUAUCACAAGAGACAUUCAUAAGAGAGGCGACAGAAGGGCUCGUCGGAAGUGCAGCAACAUUCCAGAUAUAGAAGAACUGAGUAUCUUCACAAUUGCUUUUAUACAGAGAAAAGUACAUACCGUACGUAUGCAUAUAUAAAUCAAUGAAUAAAAACUCAACAUAUCUCA